AUGGAUCAAGUCACAAAAUUAGUUGAGCCAGGAAAACAAUUUGCCAAAGAUUCCAUUAGGCUCGUUAAAAGAUGUACGAAACCUGAUAGAAAAGAAUUCCAAAAAAUAGCAGUGGCUACUGCAAUCGGGUUUUGUAUUAUGGGAUUUAUCGGAUUUUUUGUCAAAUUAAUACACAUACCAAUUAACAACAUCAUAGUAUUUAAAAAAGAAUUUUAUUUGAGACAUAAAAUAUUGUUUAAAGUUUUAGUCAAUUACAUUUUUUUAAAUUCCAAAAAGUAUCGUCGAGCUUUGAUUGUUUACUUCUAG